AUGAAGUUCUUCUUUGGUGUUCCUCUGCUUUUCUUCAUGCUUUCCUUUGCCAAAAUUGAAGAAGCGUCAGCUGCUUUUAAAAGCAUCUUCAGCAAAGUAAAUUCUUCUCAAGAAGAGAAAAAUAGGAUAGAUGCACUUGCCACUUCUAGACUCACUACGCCUUCGGCUCCGUCAAAUAAUCCAAUUUCUAAAGAGCAUGAGGCUCUUGAUUUGCAUCGAUCUCAACCUAGUGUUCGAAAAUAUUCUGAACAAACACAAAGAGCAGAACUUUGGAACAGAUUCAAGAUAAAGAAUAGCCAUUCUGCUCAAAGUGCUUCAUCUUCAAGGACAAUCCAACAUCAUGAGACUGAACACAAAAACCAAGAAUACUUAGGGAAAAGAGGAAAUAUCGAUAAAUCUGGACUUUGGAACAAAUUCAAAAUAAAGGACAGGCAUUCUACUCAAGGUGAUUCAUCUUCAAGGACACUCGAAGAUCAUGAGAGUCAACUUCAAAAACAAGAAUAUUCAAAGAAAGGAAUUAAUACCGAGGUAUUAGAUCUUAAGAAAAAAAUCAAGACGAGGUAUGAGCAUCCUUCUCAAGGUUCUUCCUCUACGAGCACACUUCCAAAUAAUCAGAUUCAGCAUCAAGAAUUUCAAGAAGAAGAACAAUCAGAAGCAUCGCAGCGACUAAGAAAGAACCCGUACACAAAAGAAGCAAGAGAGAUGACAGCUAAACUAGCCGAAGCUAAACAUCUUUACAAACAAAAAAUUAUAGACCAAAGUAAACUUCUUCAACGUCAUGAAGAAUCAUCUUUCCUGGAUAGGAGAGUAGAUUUUAGAAAUAAGGUCGCUGGCGAGGAUUCUGUAAACUUGCUUCAUAAGUAUUAUCCUCAUGAUCAUCCUAUUGUUGAACCGCAACUUUAUAUUCCGUCAGAGAAGCAAACUCCAACAUUGCAUGAAAUAGAUAAUUCGAUAACAAAAAGUGAUAACCUGAGGAGAAAGCCGAGAAGUCGAAAAAAUGCAAUGCAGAAAGAUGUUUCGGAUUCUCACAAUCAAUCCAGUCAGUUGCCUCAACUUCCAGAAACUAGUUACCAAAAUGUUGAACCAGGGUUAAUUUAUAAUCAUAAUGGCACCUUAAAUCCUUUUAUAGAGAAUCAAGUUUAUAGUUCUGACCCAUAUUAUCAAAAUCGUCAUCAUAAUUAUGGUCCUAAUAUCCAUCAUCAAAUGCAUGAUCCUAAUUAUGAUACUAAUUAUACUACUAAUCCGUAUUAUCUUUGGGAUCAUCAUGAAGAUGAAGGUUCUGGCUCACGACACUAG